AUGUCUGGUCCCGCAUCGUCAGUGAUGCGGCGGGCUUCGCGUGCCUGCGUUCGACGAUUUUCCAGUAGCGCAAUUCUUUCCUCCCGUGCCAGGACUGCGCCCAUCGCCUCUUCACGUUUCGCCGGUCGUCGCAGUUAUGUUUCCGAGUCUAAACCGUCCAAUGCUCAAGUCGCAGACGUCGAGGCGGCUAUCAAGGCCGACCAGAAGAAAUUCAUCCAGGAGAGUGGUAAUCUGCCGUCUCAGGUCAAGAUGCCUGGUACCGAGAUCACCGCCGAUACAAUGCUGAGUCCCCGAGCCGGUAUUCUGCAGCAUGCAACCAUCAUGGAUCAGGGCACCCGCCCCAUCUAUUUGGAUGCGCAGGCAACAACUCCAGUUGACCCCCGGGUUCUCGAUGCAAUGCUGCCCUUCCUCACUGGCCUUUUUGGCAAUCCUCAUUCGAGAACGCACGCAUAUGGUUGGGAGAGCGAGAAGGCGUCGGAGCACGCAAGAGAACACAUCGCCAAACUGAUUGGCGCAGACCCCAAGGAGAUCAUAUUUACAAGUGGAGCCACUGAGAGUAACAAUAUGAGUAUCAAGGGGGUGGCCAGAUUUUUUGGCAGGUCCGGCAAGAAGAAGCAUAUCAUCACCAGUCAGACCGAGCAUAAAUGUGUUUUGGACAGCUGUCGACACUUGCAAGACGAAGGCUUUGAGGUCACAUAUCUACCUGUCGACUCAAGCGGCUUGAUCAAUUUACAACAGCUCGAGGAAGCAAUUAAACCAGAAACUGCGUUGGUCAGCAUCAUGACUGUCAACAACGAAAUCGGGGUCAUUCAGCCCAUGAAAGAGAUUGGCCAGCUUUGCCGAUCAAAGAAAGUAUACUUCCACACCGACGGUGCUCAGGCGGUGGGCAAAAUUCCUAUCAACGUCAACGACUGGAAUGUCGACUUGAUGUCGAUCUCGAGCCACAAAAUAUAUGGCCCCAAGGGCAUCGGUGCUUGCUAUGUUAGAAGACGGCCUCGUGUCAGAUUGGACCCGAUAAUCAGUGGUGGCGGUCAGGAGCGAGGUCUCCGCAGUGGCACGCUCGCACCUCACCUGGUGGUCGGGUUUGGAGAAGCUUGUCGUAUUGCCAAAGAGGAGAUGGAGUACGACUCCAAACGCAUCAAUGCCCUGUCCAAACGACUUGUCGAUGGUCUGCUUGCAUUGGAACACACCUCCUUGAAUGGAGACCCUACUCGACGUUAUCCUGGAUGUGUCAAUGUUUCUUUUGCCUACGUUGAGGGAGAGUCACUGUUGAUGGCUCUCAAGGAUAUCGCACUGUCCUCCGGGAGUGCUUGCACUUCAGCAUCUCUGGAGCCUAGCUAUGUCCUUCGAGCUCUAGGAAACAGCGAUGAAAGUGCCCAUAGCAGUAUCCGUUUCGGCAUUGGGCGAUUUACGACGACCAGCGAAAUUGACUACGUCUUGAAAGCUGUCCGUGAGCGAGUCACCUUUUUGCGAGAGCUCAGCCCACUCUGGGAGCUUGUCCAAGAAGGAAUCGACUUGAACACCAUCGAAUGGAGUCAGCAUUGA